UUUGUUUGUUUGUCUGUUUUCUUCUAGAUUUGUCGGUGUUAAUGCAUCUGACAUCAACUAUUCAGCUGGCCGGUAUGACCCUUCGGUGAAGACCCCGUUCGAUGUAGGUUUUGAAGGCGUGGGGGAGGUGGUAGCCUUAGGCCUCUCUGCCAGUGCCCGGUACACGGUGGGCCAAGCUGUGGCUUAUAUGGCACCUGGCUCUUUCGCGGAGUAUACCGUGGUGCCUGCCAGAGCCGCGGCCCCCGUGGCCUCUGUGAAACCCGAGUAUGUCACCGUGCCGGUGAGCGGUACCACCGCGUACAUCAGCCUGAAAGAGCUCGGAGGACUGUCCAAAGGGAAAAAAGUUUUGGUGACGGCAGCAGCGGGGGGAACGGGCCAGUUUGCCGUGCAGCUUGCCAAGAAGGCCAAGUGCCAUGUCAUUGGGACCUGCUCUUCUGGUAAAAAGUCCGCUUUUCUGAAAUCGAUCGGCUGUGAUCGCCCCAUCAACUAUAACGCCGAGCACGUCGGUACGGUCCUGAAGCAGGAGUACCCCGAAGGGGUCGACGUGGUGUAUGAAUCCAUCGGGGGAGCCAUGUUCGACUUGGCCGUAGAUGCCUUGGCUACCAAAGGGCGCUUGAUAGUCAUUGGGUUCGUCUCUGGCUACCAGACUCCCACUGGCCUUGCGCCUGUGAGAGCAGGAACCUUACCAGCCAAACUGCUGAAGAAAUCCGCCAGCGUUCAGGGCUUUUUCUUGAACCAUUACCGUUCUGAGUAUCAAGCAGCCGUGGAGCACUUGCUUCAGAUGUGUGCGGACGGAGACCUGGUUUGCGAGGUGGACCUCGGAGACCUGUCUGCAGAGGGCAGGUUCAUCGGCCUGGAGUCCGUAUUCCGGGCUGUCGAUUAUAUGUACAUGGGAAAAAACACUGGGAAGAUUGUACUCGAACUACCUCACUCUGUCAACAGUAAGCUGUAAAGUCAGAACGAUGGCAGAAGUCAAAGGAGAACGAAAGCGGGCACCUUCUUCCUCAGAAAGAGUCGAAUCAGUUUAUUUUUGGUGGGUAAUGGAGAUCAUGUCUCUUAAAAGGUGUUGACGAAUAAGUUUCUCUCUCUCUCUCUCUCUCUCUCUCUCUUUUUCUUUUUUUUUGCCCCUCCCUUGAAAAAAAAAUGCCAAUAAAAACUUCCCUCGAUGGCUCAGAGGUAAAACCGUUACAUUCAAUUCUUUGGCCAUAGACAGUCUCAUUCCAGGCUUUAUUGUUCCAGGGAAUUAAAUUAAUUCCUGAUGCAAGAUCUGAUCAAAUCAGUAUGCCUUCAGCUUGAUGGGAUUUUAAAAUCAGUCUUGAAAAUAGUUCACAAAUUCCUUACUUUGGGAAAGUUUGGUCUUCCGCUAACGAGCAGUUAAUAGAUAAGAGAUAGGGCAGAAGGACAGCCAUCUAUUCUCAGAGUCCAUAUUCCCAGGAAAUGGCCCUUCCUUUCUUAUAAAUCACCAACUAUCUAAAUGGAAAUUUGGAGGAAUUCUCCCAAAACUUUGAUUUUUUUUUUUUGUUUGUUUAGAUCAUUAGGAAAAUGACUAAGUGAACACAGACCUAUUUUUUAAAAGUCUCUGCUGUUUAAUGCUUUACGCACAAUUAUCCUGGGGAGGCACAUGUGGCAUGGGAAGCCUCUCUCUUCCCUUAAGAAGCAAAUUAGUGUUGAAAACCGAUGAAGACAAAAGCAGAUUUUGGAAAGGGGCUCUACGGAGAUCUGGGGGUUACCUGCCCAGGAAGGAAAGGACGUGCUUCAUCCACGGGGAGGGUCUGCACAACGAAACAGCCACCACGAGGGGAGGCGCACUCUCUAGGCACACCGCCAGAGGCUGAUAACAGCAUCCUUCAUAGGCCUGAGGUGGGAUCCGUCAAAGGGCACCAUGCGGAGGAGGGGCUUGAUGGGAUGGGAAAUAAUAAGAUACUUGCUCCGUGUUGCAGACUUUCUUGGACACCGUGUGUUUUCUCUCUGAUCACGCAAACAGAAUAGUGUGCUUAGCGUGGGACGCCGUUCCUCCGUUCCCAUUUUACUUCUCUGUGCCCUCGCUCCGUGGGGAUGAGGUGCUCCUGGGCACCGCUGCCUGGGGUCACACGUGAGAGUCCUGUCAUGUGCCUUCUCUCGGGAGCCAUGCCUACUGCCGACGUGCCUGCCCCCUCGCCUUCAGCUCGGCUUUCGCCCUCCCGUUGGAAAUCCCACGGUGCCUUUCUGAUUGAAGGCAAAGCCCACCAGAUCCUUUUCUCAAAGCCUCUGGCCCCAGUGUAUCUAACACGCUAAAUAAAUAGGAACGCAAUUAAAGAUGCUCCGGGAAACCCGGUGACCAUAUUUAAUUUUUCUUUCCUCCCGUCUGAGGAGCGAGGAAAUCCUACUGCUGAAUAGCUGUUAGUAUCUAUUUUACAAGAUUUACUCAUUUUCAGGUACCUAAUGUAGCUGCUAGCAUGCAUGCACAACAAUACAAUUUAUAUGGUAAAUGGGACCAAAUAAUGGCUUCACUGAAUGUUAUGGCUGCACUGAAGGGAAAUGUCACGGUAAAUAGCUGCCAAAUUAUGGAUCAUGCCGAAGUGUCACAACUGCACUAAAGACAAAUAGCACUAGAGGCUACUGCCACUGUGACGCUUUUGAGUUAUGAAGAAGGGUAGAAGCCUGAUGCAAGCCUCUUUGUGUCCUCAUUAUAGUAAGGGGUGACGAGUGCAGGGUACAAGAAAAGCUGGCCCAAUGUGGUGCUCGGUUAUUAAUCUGUCCCUUUCAGACCUAACAGCCACGGCCAAACGGAAGGAGACUUCGCCUCGCUUUUGGAUACGCACACAAACACAGGGGAGGGGACAGGUUUUAUGAAUGUAUCUGCACGGGAAAUGACUGGUAAUGGGAAAGCGCUGCGAUCCAAUCAUCCCAUCAAAGAACAGUCCCCGUGUGUGCUGCUCCCCAUGUGGAUAGAUGUGCGAAGUCUAAGCGGUAAUGUACUUUCUCCCUUUGUCAAGACGAGGAACCAGGACGCUGCCAGCUCUCGCUUCUUACAAACUGAAGUGCGUCCCGGUUUCUCUCAUUUUAAUGGGAGGGUAAUAAAUAUGAAAGACCAGCAUUUUAACGGAUGGAUCCCUGAAGCCGCAGAAUAGAAAUUUAUUAUGUUUUGAAGGAAUAGACUAAAUUCAGCUAUGUAAAAAAAAAAAAAAAAAAAGACUUUUUUUUU